UUUCGGUUUGGCGCUGGCGCGAUACAGUCCGCAGCUCGUGGCCAUAUCUGUGUAUAGCAAAUCGAUCGGAUCGCGCCUGGUGAACUAGUCUAUUCGAUAUGCACAAGAACCUCGGCUUUGUGGAGCGCCUGCGCUGGCGCCUCAAAACCAUCGAGCAUAAAGUCCAGCAGUAUCGUCAGUCCACCAACGAGACCGUAGUUGCCGAGACGGAGUAUGGAAAAGUGCGGGGUGUCAAGCGAUUGUCGCUCUACGAUGUGCCCUACUUCAGCUUCGAGGGUAUCCCCUACGCCCAGCCGCCGGUGGGGGAGUUGCGGUUCAAGGCCCCGCAGAGGCCCACCCCCUGGGAGGGGGUUCGGGACUGCAGCCAGCCCAAGGAUAAGGCCGUCCAGGUGCAAUUCGUCAUGGAUAAGGUCGAGGGAUCCGAGGACUGCCUCUACCUUAAUGUUUAUACCAACAAUGUGAAGCCCGAUAAACCCCGUCCGGUUAUGGUUUGGAUCCACGGAGGUGGCUUUAUCAUUGGCGAGGCCAAUCGGGAAUGGUAUGGCCCAGACUACUUUAUGAAGGAAGAUGUUGUCCUCGUCACCAUUCAAUAUCGUCUCGGAGCCUUGGGUUUCAUGAGUCUAAAGUCCCCGGAGCUAAAUGUACCUGGAAACGCUGGCCUCAAGGAUCAGGUGUUGGCCCUCAAGUGGAUCAAGAAUAAUUGCGCUAGUUUCGGGGGAGAUCCCAACUGCAUCACCGUUUUCGGAGAAAGUGCAGGAGGUGCUUCGACUCAUUACAUGAUGAUAACCGAGCAGACCCAAGGACUAUUCCAUCGUGGUAUCUUGCAGUCGGGCAGUGCCAUUUGUCCUUGGUCCUACAAUGGGGACAUCACCCAUAAUCCCUACAGGAUAGCCAAGCUGGUUGGCUACAAGGGCGAGGACAACGACAAGGAUGUGCUGGAGUUCCUCCAGACUGUGAAGGCCAAAGAUCUCAUACGCGUCGAGGAAAAUGUGCUGACCCUGGAGGAUCGAAUGAAUAAGAUUAUGUUUGCCUUUGGGCCCUCUCUGGAACCAUUCUCGACGCCCGAGUGCGUGAUACCCAAGCCGCCAAAGGAGAUGAUGAAGACCGCCUGGAGCAACUCCAUUCCCAUGAUGAUAGGAAACACUUCCUACGAGGGACUACUGUGGGUGCCGGAGGUCAAGAUGUUGCCACAGGUGGUGCAGCAAGUUGAUGCUGGCACUCCUUUCAUUCCCAGGGAACUGCUGGCCACGGAGCCCAGCAAAGAAAAGCUGGAUUCGUGGAGUGUAAAGAUCCGUGAUGCUCAUCGCACUGGAGCAGAAAGCAACCCCGACAAUUACAUGGAUCUCUGUUCGAUUUACUACUUCGUGUUUCCGGCCCUGCGGGUGGUCCACUCCCGUCACAACCAUGCUGCUGGAGCCCCUGUAUAUUUCUACCGAUUUGAUUUCGACUCCGACGAGCUCAUCUUCCCCUACCGCAUUAUGCGAAUGGGUCGUGGUGUUAAGGGCGUGAGCCAUGCAGACGAUUUGGCCUACCAAUUCACAAGUCUGCUGGCCCGUCGAUUGCCCAAGGAAAGUCGCGAAUACCGGAACAUUGAGCGAACUGUGGGUAUCUGGACCCAGUUUGCAGCCACGGGAAAUCCCUAUAGCGAGAAGAUCAACGGAAUGGACACUCUGACCAUAGAGCCAGUUCGAAAAUCGGACGAGGUCAUCAAGUGCCUCAACAUAAGUGAUGACCUGAAGGUUAUCGAACUGCCCGAGUGGUCCAAAUUGAAAGCUUGGGAGAGCCUAUAUGAUGACAACAAGGAUUUAUUGUUCUAGUGCGAACUGUACAGCUAAAUAAUUAUAUAGAAAUUGUAUAUAGGACAAAUGCUUUAUAAAAUAUAUUAUACUAUUUGCUUGUUCAAGAA